AUGACUUCUGCGUUUAGCUUAAGAUUUCCCGAAUGGGAUCUCACUAAAAGCCAAUUCAAAGAGUUAGAUGAACUACCUUUAAUGAGAACUCCAGGGCCGAUACUUAUGAUCCUGGCAGCGUAUCUUCUCUUCGUAUUGAAAAUAGGACCAGCACUUAUGACCAAGCGAGAACCUUACAAGUUGACAGCCGUCCUUGUGCUAUAUAACUUCUUCCAAGUCGUAUUGUCCGCGUUCAUGGUAUACAGGUACGCAAGCAUGAUGUCUGAAUAUGGGAUUGCACCAACUGCAUGUCACAUGCAUAAUAAAUCUACUAGAGAAACGAUAUUAUUAGAUAUUUGGAUUUACUUCGCUGCAAAGGUUACGGAAUUACUGGACACAAUAUUCUUCGUUUUACGAAAGAAAGAUAGCCAAGUGACGUUUCUACAUUUGUACCAUCAUUCUGUGAUGAUGAUCGGAACAUGGAUGUACUUAAAAUACUGGCCGUCAUACACAUUGAUGUUCAUUGGAUUCAUGAACGCGCUGGUACACGUAUUCAUGUAUACGUACUAUGGGUUAGCAGCUUUAGGCCCUAAAGUCACCAAAUACAUCUUUUGGAAGAAGUAUAUGACAAAAUUACAAUUGCUGCAAUUCUUCUGCAUAAUAGCUCACUACAUUGUGGCAGUCAACAAGACUGAGUGCCCGCCGACGAAGGGAGUUGCAAUUUUCAUUGGCGGAAAUACACUCUUCUUUGCUUUUCUCUUCCUCAACUUCUAUUUCCAAAACUACAGAAGUCGUAACCUUGUUAAGGAUAAGACGUUAGAAAAGCUUAAGAGGCCAAAAGUAAUAGAUGACGCGAACAAUGAAAAAGAAAAGAGUGACUAA